AUGAAUAUUAUUCACGUUUUCAUCGCAAUCACGUUUAUGAAAUACUCAAAAUGCUAUGUCAUUGAAGACUCGGGAAAAGUGGACGGACAAAAGCAGCUAUUAAGAAAAUUGGAAAUUUUACAAGAACCAAAAAAUGAAAUAUCUACAUCGCAAAUAGAAAAACCAAUUGGAGUGCCAGAAAACGGAACAAGCACAACGCAGCAAAAACAAGAAAAUGAAACGGUCCUUAGAGAAGAUAAGGAGAAGAGUUGUCUAACUCUGUUCUUCGAUCAGGUUGCCAAAAUAUUCAAACACUUAUUUUACGGGGACGCUGAUAAACCGAGCAAUUCUAGAAUUGAACUUCUCGAAUCGGAUUUUGCAGUAACCAACGAUAGUGGAACUUCAAGGGAAAUAUCCAAUCAUCACGACAUAUUUACCAACAGAUUCGACUUGACUGACCCUAACGCUGAAGUGGAAAUCUUCGAGCCGAGGUAUCACGGUCGACUGAAAGAAGAGACUAAAGAAGCAUUGAAAUGUCCUGAAGGAUACAUAAUGACGCCCAAUGGUUGUACCGUGAGAAAUUCUAAAAUGAUUAUAUCGGUGCCUAAUCAAUGUCCCAUUGGAUAUAGACAAGAUUGGUUGGGAUUCUGCAGGAAAAUAAUGUUUUUCGGAGGAAAAAUUGCCUACAAUGAUUAUUAG